CGCACACAUUAAUUCUUUAUAUGUAUUGCAUUAUGGAAUACGUUCGGAAAUCUUACUCGUGAGAUAAAAUAGUUUUAAAUUAAUCAAUCAGGAUAAGGAAAUCUUCUGUUCUAAUUCGUCAAUUAAACGUCAUUUUGUCCCAGAAGAGGACGAAAAAAGAAUCCAGAAAAUUGCGAAGGACGGGAGAUAAGUGAGGAAUUGUCUCAUAAGCUGAAUCUUAUAAGCUUAUAACCAAAGUUUAUGUCUCGUCGGAACGUCGGAAGUCGGAAUUCAGAAUUGUGUGUUUCGUUAGUCCUCGUAUAUACAUUUUGCUGUCGAGAUACACAUAUACGAUAUUUAAUACACAAUUAAUAAGUUGAUGUACUAUGAAUCGAUUGGAUGAUCCGCCGGGGCUCAUGAAAGGCAGAAAACCUUCUUUCAUUGGGAUGAACGGUGGGAUGAUUGUUUGUAGUCGAGCCCCGGAGACGGAUGAUCAACAACGAUUACGGUUUCAGAUUGAAUUAGAGUUUGUACAAUGUCUUGCUAAUCCAAAUUAUCUGAAUUUUUUAGCACAACGUGGCUACUUUAAAGACUCGACGUUUAUCAAUUAUCUCAAGUACCUAUUGUAUUGGAAAGAGCCAGAGUACGCAAAAUACUUGAAAUAUCCAAUGUGCUUGUAUUUUCUGGAUUUAUUGCAAUAUGAGCACUUUAGACGGGAAGUUGUGAAUUCUCAGUGCACAAAAUUUAUUGACGAUCAACAGAUUUUGUUGUGGCAGCAUUACACGCGACGUCGAACGAGACUUUUGCAAACGGCUGCUGAGCAAACGCAACAUAUCAAUCCUCAAAAUAACGGUAUCGCACAACCUAAAGUUCCCUAAAAUUUUAAUUUUUAUUCCAUACAUUUAGAAAACUGAACAUAGAUUUUUACAUUUCACAUGAUUUUUUCAAUAUGAUAUUUUUGUAUAAGGAAUGAUAAAGAAAUGAUAUAUUGUUUCAUUCAUGAUAAUUUAUUCGGUAAGAAUUCUCUCAGUUUUGUAAACUAAUAAAAUAAUAUCUUUUUCUAUAAUAUAUAUAUUAUAGAAAAAUGUAUAUAUAUUAUUUGUUAAAUAAUAUUAAAAAUAUUUGUAAAAGAUAUUUAUAUUGAAAAACUUCUUUCCUUCUAAUGUUCAGUUUUUUUAUAACAUUAUAAUGUAUGUGUAUACACACACACACACACACACACACACACACACACACACACACACACUUAGAUACAGUAAAAUGCAAUCAUUCAUUAACGAUCGUUAUAUUUGUAUAAACUAUUUUUAAAUUCUGUUUCAUGUACAUUAAAAAUUAUCUAUAUUA